AUGGGCGACUCACUUCCUCGCAAUGAUGACCCAGCAUCAUUGCUGGGAAGGAGUUUCCUCGGCCUCGACACGUUUGAAUACAGAAACAGCGAACAAGUACAUCGCGAUGCGCUCGCGGCCGCCCAAGCAGAACAUGCUCGUGUCCGAGAGGUCGCGGUCCGCGCCUACGAACUACAUGAGGCUCGUCUGGCUCAGGUUGAGCUCUACCAGCGAUCCUUGCAGGAAGAAGAACGGGUGAGGAUUGAGACGGCUCGCGCUGAAGCUGAGGUCCGUCUACGAGAGAUUGAGAAUGCCGCGAAAAGGAUACCAAUACCACCUCCUCGUCUGCCGACUCCUCCUCCGCCUCCUCCUCCAGUGCCUCGAGAAUCAGAGCCAGCGGCGGUCGUUGCAACUCCACCGCCCGCCAAUACGAGCCAACAACAGAGCCAAAUUGAACAGCAGCCAGUCUCGACUACACCGUCAAUCCUCCAACCGCCUACUCAACUUCAGCCUGCAAGGUCCCCAUUUGUACAGGCUCAAGCGCGCACGACGCAGCCUCAGAAUCUGUUUCAACCACCAGCUCAAUCCAAAACUGCCCAAGCUGCACCUCCAUUUCAGCAGAAUACACAAUCCCAAGCUCUCCCGAAUGUAUCGCAACAGCAGCAGCCGAUUCAGAAGCCGAUCCAGCAACCCGAGGCGCUCAAGCCUGUGGUGAAGCAGUCUUCGCACCAUCUUCUUUGGACUCCAGAGCGUUACUUGGAGAUUUUCCAGAAUUUGAAGAAGUUGCGUAAAUAUAUCAGGGAAGAUUCGGCAUCUAAACCCACGAAAGAGCUCAAGAACCAGGCCGGGAACUUGAAGAGAUCCAUUGUAGCUUCCCUUGGAAAAUUGACACUUGACGUGAAACUGAACAAUGGGCCUGUAUGUACUAGAAGCCCCAUUUAUAAAGCUGGCUAAUAAAGUAUAUAGAAAGAGACCAUAAUGAACGCUUUGAGACAAGCCCGAGAUGGUGGUGUUCCCAGUAUUCAGGUGGAUCCUAGCCUAUAUAUGAUAUCGAAACCAGAGCCCACUGAGGGUGCUAGAAAUAAUGGCGAGACGAUGCCAGCGUUAUUUCUUUACCUCCUCAACAUACUCGCAAAGGGAAUUGUGAAGCAACUCAUCAACGAAGCUGGACCUGCGCCAAAAGCGGCUGAGAAGAUUGGGUUCCUAACCGUCGCGAUUUUCUCCCAGUCGGAAUUCCUGUGGAGGGGACAUACCAUGAUUGAUAUUCUGAUGGCCAAAAUGCGAGUUAGCUGCCCCGUAUUAUUUGGGUUCCGGGGACUGGAGACAACCAUUGAAGGGCGUGCUGUAGUUGGAUGGAAAAGGGACAAAGAGGGAAACAAAAGUUUUGUCGCUGCACAAGUCCACAGUGAUAGAAUGACGGGACUUGGUGCUGGAUACGCCUCAAUAUGUUUACGAGACUUCUCAAAAUCCGCCGUCACGAGUCCAUGGAAACCAUGGCAUUAUUGGCAAACCCUGGCGACCAUCACCAGCACCCCACCCGAAGAAGCUUGUUCGACCCAAUUUACGGUCCUGAAGGCCAUGAUCGAGUUUUCGGAACAGAAAUUUCUCAAGUUCUACGGAAGCGCGGGCGUCGCAGCAUUACGGGUUGCAUUGGUGGAUUUUCCGGAGAAUGCUACGCAGAAGGGCGCAGCCAACAUGUCGUUGGCGGUCUUGGCGGAUAAAUUACUGAAGGAUACGGGAUUGCGAUUAAGACAGUGA